AUGAGCACAACUCCCUUUUAUGAUGCACCCCAGCCGAUUAUCUCAAAAAAGAUAUGUUUCUACAAGAGCGGUGACCCCCAGUUCACGGGGCACCGAAUGGUUAUCAACAGCCGCACUUUUAAAACCUUUGAUGCCCUACUAGAUGCCCUCUCCAAGAAAGUGCCUCUGCCAUUUGGGGUAAGGACCAUCACAACACCCGGGGGAACACAUGCUGUCUGCACCCUCGAUGAUCUGCAGGAUGGGGCUUCUUAUCUGUGCUCAGACCAGAGGAAAGUCAAACCUUUUAACCUGGAUGAGAUCCACAAAAGACAGGUCCCUUGGAACACUACCAGACCCAUUAGUGCAGGACGUCAAGCACGCAGAGCAAUGGUUCGGCAGCUAGUUAAGAGAAGUGAAGUGACCACAAGGAAAGUAAAAAUGGCUGAAAACAUUGUGGUGCGGACACCAAAAAGGCUGACGGUAUAUAAAAACAGGGAUCCAAGCAUGAAGCGAGUAAUUGUUAUUCAGAGGAGAACAGCCCCAAAUUUCAAAACCCUUUUGGAUGAUCUUUCUCAAGUGAUGCAGUUCCCUGUUCUGAAGCUUUACACCGAAGAUGGCAGAAAAGUUGAAGGACUUCCUGCCCUCAUUUUGUGCUCUGGGAUUGUUGUGGCAGCUGGUAACGAACCUUUCAGAAUGGGUAACUACAAUCUCCAAGGUCACACUAAAACCAUCCAGUCAAGCAUGUCUGAAUCCUUGGGUCCAACACAAACAGAGACACUACUACAAGAAAAAAAGAAACCAACUGGGACUUUCUCAAGAUCAAGGAAUUUCUCUUUAUCUUCGGAGAAAUUCCUUGUAGAGCAAAUCAGUAAGUCACUAAAUGGAAAUCUGUCAGAGCACAAUAGCAAAAAAACAGGGUCAAUGGAGACAGAAGGCAGUCAGCCAGCAGGAUCGGAGGAGAUGCAGACCUGUGACUGCAUGGCUGGUAUAGAAGAGAGGAAUUACCCCAUCAUGCCUACUGAAGAUGACAUUGAAAAAUCAUUCCGGGUCAAUGAGGAUGGCAGCAUGACUGUGGAAAUGAAGGUCAAUCUUACUAUAAAACAAAAGGAAAUUAUCCACUGGACAACUACACUAAGCCGCACCCAAGUUAAUUGUCAGCAGAGGACAGUGUGCACUUCCAAGCCAGGAUCAGGCGUGAACUCAUUAGAUGUUACUAAUGACUCAGGUAAAGAGUCAAAUGGUCCUCAUAGUCUAGAAUCUAAAGAAAUUACCACCCUCACUGACAAAUCUGUUGGAUUUAAUGAGGAAGGAAGAGAGAAUUAUGGUAGUGGUACAUCUCAAACUUCAGAAAAACCUAUGCCCAUUUAUAGAAGGCUACCCACUCCAGGCCCUAGACAACGAAGUAAAGAGGCUUCAGUGGAAAACAUUAAAAGGGUUUCAGAGACUGAGGUUCAGGAGAGUACAAUGGGUUCAUACUCGUACUUGGAGCGGACAGCACAGGGAGAACUGACAGAGGGUUACUGCAUGGUCAGUCGUAGCAGUAGCAGCAGCACAAGAACUGUGUCAAAACCCAAGAAGAGCAAAUCAGGAGAGGUCAAGCAAAAGAAGUCUCACUCCUCUUUCAGAUCAACAGGUGUUGCAGAGGUUCUUCAGUUACAAAACAAUGGGACAAUGGGAAUAACAGACACUGUGCUACACAUAUACAAAUCACAGGGCACAUAUGACAAUUACUAUGCAAAUAAGCAGGUGGAUGUAGAUAAUAAGCCUGGAUACUGUACUAAAGCUUUGCUUUGCAGUAGGCCUGGCUCAACAGAUUCAGAACCCCGGUCAUCAAGUAAUGACAGCGAUGUGGAUCUAGCUAGGCAGUCCACAAGUUCCAACUCCCGAGAAGGUGAAAAAACUGACAUGCUGUUAUUGUCAUCUGUCUAUUCAACACCUCCACAAAAGAUAAGUCACAAUCUGUCUGUCCUCACUGACAAUAAAAAACAAGCCUUGGUAGAGUCCGAAUCCACAGAUAAGAAAACCAUGCUGCCAGAGGUAGCAAUGGAACAAGACUCAGAGGUUAAAAGCAUUAAUGGAAGUAAAAGAAAAAAUACAUCAAAGUCUAAAAAAUCACAGAAAGGGACUUCUUCUGAAUCAUCUGGGCCUGUGAAAAGAGUAAAGGGCAGUACUCCAUCCUUUUCAAAAGACCUCCAAAAGACAAAUACCUCUGACACACUGAGCCACACAGGAUCAGAGAAAAAGACUCGUAGUUCAGCGGAAAGUGUCAAACUUGAACACAAAACUGGAAGAGAUAAAAAUAAAAAGACAUUGGAAAGUUCCCCAAAAAGUAGAAACUUGAAUCCCAACAUAGGACAUCAAAGAAGGUCAGAGAAAGAGAUCAAGGUACUAGAUAAAACCAUCAGAAACCUCUCAAACAAAGUAAACACAAGUGACUGUGACUCUCCAGGGCCUACUUUAAAGAAAAAAAUAUUAGAUAUUCGGUCAAUGGCCCAUCCAUCACCAUUAAAAAAGAUGCUGCCAAAGCAAAGAUCAGUGAAUGGCAACAGAUCAAAAUCCCCAAAACGAAAACAGGAGAUGAGUGAGAGCGUGUCCUUGCCAGUGCUACAAUCAUCACCCUCCAGUGUGAAUCAAUAUGUUGAAAACUGGCUGAAAAAGAUUCAACCAGAGUAUGUUCCCUAUGAUGAUGAGACAGAGAAUCCAGAGAAUGUACCAAGGGCAGUAUUCCAGAUAGGCAGUGACUCUGCAGAUGGCUCUGAGAUUAAAAGUGAACCCGAAAAUGACAGCGUAUUGGAUGAAGGGCCAUCUCUUGAAGAAAAUGCUGUCGAGAGGCUGGUGUCUCGUCCACCUGUACAAAUAUGUUGUGAGGGAGAACCAGUCGAGCCACAAAAGUUGAGAGUCUUUUGUAAAUCAAUGCCAAGUGUGAGGGUACAUGCUGCUGAACAGGAGGGCCUUGUAAGACUGCACAAGUCAUCUGAGAACUUGGUUUCCUCUGACCCUUGUAUUAAGGGUGGGACAUCACAAGGCGCAGAGCUUAACAUUAGGUCAGGCAUGAAACCAGUUUUGGAACAGUUAUGUUUGUCUAUUCAGUCUAUAAGACGGGCUUCGAGUCAGCCAUGCAAACCAUCCCAAGAGAAGGAAAAGUCCAGUAGUCUCCCAGAUUUCUCAUCUCAGUUGGCCUCUUCCUUUGGUUCUCCAUCUAGAGCUUUUCUGUCCUUUUUGUCACUAAUGACUCUGAGAGAUGGCAUUUCCAUCCUUGGAAAAGAUGAGUCACAAUCCAGCAACUCAGGCAGCUGCCCGGAGGCCCUGCAGGUCAUGCAGUCUUUGGAAAAAAUAGCUAAUAUUGAAGAUGAGGAGGAGCUUAAGGCCAGCUUGACCAGUCUCCAAAGCUCAACCUCUUCCCAAUUAAAACAGUGCUGGAGAGAGUUCCAGAAGAAAAAUGUAAUUGGAGAGAGUCCACCGCUGUCACCAAGACAAUCCGAACAAGAAUUUGCCCUGCAGGUGGACUCAGGAGGGGAAGGGGAGGAUGAGGAAAAAGAGCCUGAUUUUGGAAUAGAACAGUUAAUGAAUGAACUGAACAUGUCUGAGAAUAUUCGCAGAGAGAUUUCCUCUCUUGUUGAAGGAGAGCUAAAGAGUUCUAAUCAAACAAACCUGAGCAAAGGAAAUUCUGAUAGCACCAGGGACAUAUCAGGCAAAGAAGAGGAAAAUGAUGCUUGCUCUAUGAGCGGUAGUUUAGAGAAAGCUGCUGACAUGGAAGAGGACUAUUUCAAGGAGAAUAUUGGUCAAGACAAUCACACGAGCAAAGAUGAGAUGAUUGAUGAUCCAAAAGAACCAGAAUCUCAAGACAUGCAUUUAAUUCAGUCUCAUUCCCAUGAAAAUGUGGAAACAGACCUAGUUCAUGAAGAUUCUUGUAAAGCAGUGCCCAAUCAAAACCUUGAGGAAAAUUGUAGCGAUUCAGGAACAACAGAGGUUUUAGAAACUACCGAGAACACCCAAAAGUACACUGUGAAAAUGGAAGAAAUGGUAAUGUAUGACGAUUUAGAAUCUGAGGAUAGCGAUGCAGAAGAAAACCAUUCUCCCACAUCAGAACAAAAGAUAACAAAGAUAACUGGAGAAGAAGUUUCUGAGCUCUCUGAUGACCAAGACAGUAUGUCUGAAAGAGAGAACAAGACAACACAAGAGAAUAUAGAGGAAAGAGACUUUAAUGCAGAGGAGGACACCAUUCAGAAUAUCAGAGGACAUAGUGAACAGUCAGAUGUUUCAGAACUCAAAGACACAGAUGUCAAACACCUGUGUUCAGCAUCAGAAACUGAGUGUGUACAGUUUCCCGACAGAGAGACAGCUGAAAUACAAAAGCAACACUGUGUCAGAAUGGAAGAUGAUCAUUCUCAUCUAAAAGAAAGGAAUGAAGAAGAAGGGCACAAACAAGAAAAUAAGUCCAUCUUAUCAGAAUGUGACAGUGAGUCCCAUCACUCAGAGCUAUGCUCUGAGGAUUAUCAGUCUGAAUCACAUUACUAUAAUAAAGAGGAACUUAGACAGCAGACAUUAGAAUCAGGUAGCCAAGAAAAUGAUCAAUUAAUGUCACCCGAUUUUGAAGAUCCAAAGACAGAGCAACAGGAAGAUGCUACACCAGAUAUAUCAGAAUGUGAGGAUCCUGAUCCACAUAAUAAUUACAGUAGCCCUGGGUGUGGUAGUAAUGAUGAAAAUGAUGAAAAAUCUGUGUACAAUAAAACACAACAAAUUGAAAAUGGGCAAUUGAAAGAGCAUGACAGAAAUUAUGAGAAUGAAGAGGUCUCCAAAGUUUGUAAAUUGGUCGAUCCAGAUGCUGAACCAGGCUCUUGUACCAUCUCAGAUUCUGAGGCUGUGGAUGAGGAUGUGAUAGAAAAAGAGUCAGGGUCAAGCACAGUCUGUGAUUCAGAACAUGUCUGUAAGGUCCAGGCUUUAGAAGAAGACAGUUUCAUAGACAAAAAGUACAGUUCUGCUGAAGAGCAUAAUGUAGAAAAGAACGAGGAGGGUAGUAUACUUAAUGCACAUAACAGGCUGAUGGAAGAGUAUGAUAGUAACAAUGAGGAUGUUGAGAUCUCUAAAGUCUGUGUUGAUAAUAAAGACUCUGUGGAAAGGGAGUCAAUCAAGUGUAUGAGAACAAAGACGAGUGAACACAAGUUAGAGGAGGCAGAGAAUUUGGGUAUGGAACAUGGCUAUCACUAUUUAUUACAUCCAACAGAGAUCUCACAAGAGCUGUUGGACUUAAUCAAUUCAGCUUUGUUGUCAUCCACCCUGACUGUCACAUAUGAUUCAAAUGGAAACCUCAGAAUAGAGCCAGACAAAUGUAAAAUUAGGAAAAUGUUCAUGGCUGAACACAAGGCAGACAAUCAGUAUGGCCAGAAAUGCCUCCCAAGCCCUAAUACAUCAGAUCUCUCUGAUUACAGGCCAGAGACAUCAGACAAUGGUGAAUACCAGUCACAGGCCUCUAUGGAACAUUCAACUGAGAGUGGAGAAGAGGCAGAGAGAUUACGCAUCGUUCAAGAAAUCAUAAAACAAAGCUCUCAUAAUCCAAAGAGCCGAAACCAUGUGAAAGUGAAUCGCUCCAUGAAAUCCUCUUCAGGGACUACAACAAAACACACUCCCAGUUCAAGUUUAAAAAGCAACAACAGUCUUGCCUCUUUUCAGGAUUCUACAGGUGUAAUACAGGAGCCAUUAUGUUACAAUAGAUCAAGUUCCCUUCACAGAGACUCAGAAUCUGUACAGUGCAUGGCUUUAAAUGGUGAAGUGGACUCUGGAGAGGGAGUGCUGAUUGAUAAAGGCAGGUGGCUCCUCAAAGAAAAUCACCUCAUCCGUAAUUCUCCUCCUGUGCCCAUGGGAAUGUAUGGAAAUGGAGACACCACAUCCGCUGACACAGCUCAAGACAACGCGAGUGAGGAGGCACCCUACCCGUUUUGUGAGAACCAACACUCUCCUCUAGCUGUAAUAUCGUCCUCUGAGCUGGAGGAUAUGGCUAAACCCCCUACGCCAAAGUGUACAUACUUCAAUAUGGUACAUAGUAGUGAUUCUGAUCCUCUUUUGGAUGCCCAAAGCAUCAACAGUGGUAACAGAAGGGACACUGGGAAGAACAAAGAACUUAGGGUAGCACCAAUGGGGGAGUCUUCCAAAAUGUGGGCAAAGAAAAAUGGAAGUCUGUCCUCAUUUGCAUCUGUAGAGUUCAAACUGCCAGAUGGGAAAGUUCAUCCACAGGAUGAGCCAGUGUCUGGUGCUGUGAAUGCUAACAGGUCUCAGAGAAUAGAAAGUAGGACACAAGAGGAGGAGUCAAGGGAAUGGUUAAAUCUCAGGUGUGGGCAGCACUGCCCAAUACUGUAGUUUAACAAGGAAAAUGUACCUGCUAUUCAUUAGGAGCUGUUCUACCUAAGGUAUUGAUAGAUUUUGGUUAUGAUUAAACUCUUUGAACAGCACUGCACAUAUAAUAAAAAAGACAUACAAUCUUUAAAUGCAGUGAUAAGACUUAAUUAUCCUCACUUUGGUGCCUGCUUCAACAAUGGUCUUGUGAGCUUUCAGUAUUUAACUCUUUCAAACAUAUUCAUUUGGAAAUACUUUAAGACAUGUCUUUUUCAUUGCAGAUGGGCUAAGUUGCAAAAAGAUGAUCUGAUUUACUUGAAUUUAUUGAAAUUCCUAAGUGAUAUUUGCCAUAUGACUCUUUCUGACUAAUCUUUUUUGUUGCAUUUGUUCCCUAAUGUGGAUCUGCCUCUUGAAUGUUGAAUGAUUCACCCUCAAAAUACACUUUCUGAGUUUUGGCUUCAGAGGUGUGCAAAGAAAUCUUAAAGGGAUAGUUUGCCCCAAAAUGAAAAUUCUGUCAUCACUGACCCACCUCAUAUCGUUCCAAACCCAUGUUACUAUUUAUCUUCUGUGCCUUUGUGUUUCAUAGAAGAAAGAAGUUGUAUUGGUUUGGAACAGCAUAAGAGUAAGUAACAAUGACAGAAUUUUCAUUUUUGGGUGAACUAUCCUUCUAGGGGGCAUCACUCAUAACAAUGCUUGCGGAACAGCACUGAGGAAUAUCCUUUAAAAGGGUUGGUCUGUUAAAUUGAUCAUUUCUAGGUGAUCAAUCAAUAUGUGUUACCACAAAAAAAUAAAAAUAAAUACUUCAUCCAACCAAUUUGGUUAGGAUGGCAGAAAAGUAAAAACAUUCCUGCUUUCUAAUAUUUUUUGGGCCAUCAUUAUGUUUUCAUUGUGUUUUCAUAGGUCAGGCAGCACACUAACAAUCACAAUAGAUAAUGUGGUAAACCCAUUUAGCAGCAUAUUGUUUUUCACACUAAAUAAUUAUUGUGUGAAAUGGUUGCUCUUUCUCACUUUGAGAUUUUUUUUUUGUUGUCUUUUCUUGUUCUGAGAAAUGCAGUUUUUUCAAUACAUUGUUAAUUUUUAUAUGCUGGAGAAGAAAAAGGUGUAAUAAUCUGAUUGUGAAAGCAAUCAAUAACUGCAGCUGCCAUCAUUACUACAUUAAAUGUGAUUCUCUAUAUUGUGCAAAAGAUAAAUAAAAAUAUACAUUAAACACAUCUUUAAUGCACUGUAAUUGAUUACAGGGUAUACAACAGUUGUAUCAAUAUAUUCUUCUAAUCUGAUGUACAUAGUCAUGCAAACCUUACAAUAAAAACGUCCUGUUGAUAAAUAA